UUGGGGUUAGGGUUAGGGUUAGGGUUGGGCUCCGGCCUCAUGAAUAUUCAGAGGUCUGGGAGGACUUAUAAACGAAAACUGGACCCAGAGACGGGGUUCUUUCCACAGGCUGGAUCCCAGGAGCAGGGAGACGCGAGGAUUAGACCCGACAACCUAACAUUACAAAAUCUGUGUGAAAUGGAGGGCCUGCGUGAGCUGAUCCCGUUCUGCAGAGAGCUUUUGGGGCAGAGGCCCCGCCGGGGGCUGCUGAAGGUCUACCUGGUGGGCUCCGUAUUGGCCGUGGUGGGGACCGCCAUCGGGAUGGUGGAGGUCCUGUGCCAGCCGUUCAUUUCCGUGGAGCCGCUGGACGCCGACCUGCUGCUGAUGAGCCGCCUGCUCACCGAAAUCAAGACCCAGCCGAGUGUCCGGGGUCUGGACAUCGAGGAGGAGAAGCAGGAGGAGGAAAUAUCUCAAGAUGGCGGGACCCAGACCCAGGACUUAGAUUUCUUCAAGACCCAGAGGUUCCGCCAGAGAACCAGCAGCAUCCGCCAGCACGCCUCCUAAAGCCGGCCGGAUCCAGACUCACGGGACUGAGAUAUUUAUUAGACUCCUCCACACACACAAACACACACACAC